AUGUCUUUCACAGAGGAUCAAGAAAAAAUUGCACUAGAGAUAUUAUCAAAGGACAAGCAUGAGUUUUAUGAAAUCUUGAGGGUGGAUAAGAAGGCCACAGAUGGGGAAAUCAAAAAGGCAUACAGAAAAUUAGCUAUCAAACUACAUCCUGAUAAAAACUCUCAUCCAAGAGCAAGUGAAGCUUUCAAGGUAAUUAACAGAGCAUUUGAGGUACUAAGUAAUGAAGAGAAGCGUAGUAUCUAUGACCGGAUAGGAAGAGAUCCUGACGAUAGACAAAUGCCAUCUAGUAGUGCCGCUUCAGGAUUUCGAGGAAGUGCAGGUGGUUCUCCCAUGGGUAGCGGAUUUGAAGACAUGUUUUUUAAUUCACGUUUCGGUGGCCAAAGAGCUGGACCUCCGGAAGAUAUAUUCGACUUUUUGUUCAACGCAGGUGGCAGGCCCUUCGGUGCUUCACCAUUCGGGCCUUCUGCUUCCACUUUUUCAUUUGGAGGCCCAAGCGGUUUCAGGGUGUUCACUAAUAAUCGUGGAAGCUCGCCGUUUAUGCGUCAGCAACCCCGCUCAAGACAACAGCAACAGCAAGCAGAAGAAAACGCAGUCAAUUCACAGUUAAAGAAUAUGCUUGUUCUUUUUAUCAUCUUCAUCGUUCUUCCUAUGAUUAAAGAUUAUUUGUUCGGCUGA